AUGGCUUUGACCAAUUCCUUUGAAGAAGCAAAAAAGCCCAUAAAUUGUUCGACGAAAUGCCUCACUCUUUCUAUUCAUCAUCUUAAUCCAAUGGCAACAUUAUUAUUCAACGCCUUCCUUCUUGCCUUUCUCCCCACCUUUUCUCUUCUCCAUUUGCUUGUUCAUGCCCAAACCUCCCAAAACGGGUUCAUCAGUAUUGAUUGUGGGGCAAAUUCAAGUUAUAUUGCAGCAACUACGGGUAUAAAUUAUGUUCCGGAUUCAAAUAUGGUGGAAACUGGGAUGGUAAAUACUGUAGCAACAGAUUACAGAUUGGAUAGUCUUCUUAAACAACUAUGGACUUUAAGAAGCUUUCCUGAAGGGAUGAGGAAUUGCUACAACAUUCCAGUCAAAAUUAACACUAAAUAUUUGAUUAGAGCCAGUUUUUUGUAUGCAAAUUAUGAUGGCCAAAAUAGUGCUCCACAAUUUGAUAUCUAUUUUGGACCAAAUUUUUGGACAAGAAUAGAUCCGCCAGAGGUACAAACUAUUGUAGAUGAGGAGAUGAUUCAUAUCACAACUUCAAAUAAAGUGCAAAUUUGCUUAGUGAAUACAGGAAAUGGAGUGCCAUUUAUUUCAUCUAUUGAGCUAAGGCCAUUGCCAAAUACAACUUAUGUAACAGUGAGUGGAUCAUUGACAACUUUCUUGCGGUUGGAUAUUGGUGCUCCCAAUGAUACUUUCAUCAGAUAUCCAGACGAUACAUAUGAUCGUAUAUGGAGUCCACCAGCUGCACUCACAAAUUGGAGUCCAUUAAGUACUUCACUUACAGUUAACAACAAUGACGAACCUGGUUUCAUGGCACCUUCUAAGGUGUUAAGUACAGCUUCCACAGUCAAAAAUGCAACUGCACCAAUGGAAUUCUUCUGGAGAGAUGCCGAUGCUUCCAAUCAAUACUAUGUCUAUAUGUAUUUUGCUGAAAUUCAAGUCUUGAAGGCCAAUCAAUCAAGAUUAUUCAAAAUCUAUCUUAAUGAUAAACUUUGGAUUAAAGAUGAUAUUCUUUUUGAAUAUCUUACUGAAAAUGUGGCUCGUAGCUUGGUUCCUUUGACAAGUAGUACUACUUAUGACUUCAAAUUCAUCAUGUCUCAAGCUUCAACUCUUCCUCCGAUUUUGAAUGCAGUUGAGAUAUAUAAGGUCAUCAACUUCCUACAACUCACCACUCAACAACAAGAUGUUGAUGCCAUUGAAUCCAUAAGGAAAUAUUAUGGGGUUACAAAAAAUUGGCAAGGAGAUCCAUGUGCCCCAAAAACCUUUGCUUGGGAAGGUGUUAACUGUAGUUAUGAUGCUUCAAAUCAUCCUUCAAUCACAGGGCUAGAUUUAUCAUCAAGUGGAUUAACUGGAGAAAUUUCAUCCAACAUAUCAAAUCUAGCAAGCCUAGCAGUUUUGGAUUUGUCAAAUAAUAGCCUAAGUGGACCAGUACCUGAUUUUCUUGCUGAAAUGCCAAUGUUGACUUUUCUAAACUUAUCUGGAAACAACCUAUCAGGACAAAUUCCUUCUGCACUUAUUGACAAAAAGAACAAAGGCUCUCUUUCAUUAAGUUUGGAGGGAAACCCUAAUCUACAAGAGACAACACCAAGUGAAAAGAAGAAGAAUAACAUAAUAGUUCCUAUAGUAGCAGCAAUUGGUGGUUUUUUCUUCAUUUUGAUAUUGAUUUUAGUUUCAGUUUACUUCAUUCGACGGAAACGAAAUUCUAAAGGUCCAAUGAUAGUGGAUCACCAUUCACCAAUAAAUUCUGAAGUUGAACUUCAUCCACAUGAUCAGCCGCCAUUGCAGUCACCAAGUCGCCAAUUUUCCUACUCAGACAUCUUAAAAUUUACUAAUAAUUUUAGUAGAUUAUUGGGUGAAGGUGGAUUUGGAAAAGUUUAUUAUGGUCUUAUGGGUAACACUGAAGUCGCUGUCAAAAUGCUCUCUCCAAAAUCAGCUCAAGGAUAUAGAGAAUUUCAAGCAGAGGUUGAUCUUCUUUUGAGAGUUCAUCAUAGAAACUUAACUAGCCUUGUUGGAUAUUGCAAUGAAGGGGAGACAAAAAUGGGGCUUGUCUAUGAAUAUAUGGGCAAAGGAAAUCUAGGGUCAAUUCUUUUAGAUGGAAAAGGAGAGGUUUUGAGAUGGGAAGAGAGACUUCAAAUAGCAUUGGAUUCAGCACAAGGAUUGGAAUAUCUACAUAAUGGUUGCAGGCCACCAAUUAUUCAUAGAGACAUUAAAUCAAGUAACAUUUUAUUGAAUGAGUAUUUACAAGCAAAACUUGCUGAUUUUGGCCUAUCUAGAGCUUUUCCUAUUGAAGGAGGUGCCACUCAUGUGACAACGAAGGUGGUCGGAACUCCAGGAUACCUUGAUCCAGAGUAUUAUACAUCGUACAAAUUGACAGAGAAGAGCGAUGUUUAUAGCUUUGGAAUUGUGAUUCUAGAACUCGUGACGGGGAGACCGGUACUAGUGAAAACGAGUGAUAAAAGUCACAUUAUUCAGUGGGUUGAUUACAACAUUAACCAAGGUGAUAUAUAUACUAUAAUUGACCCAAAAAUAAAGGAUGAAUGCAAUACAAACUCAGUGUGGAAAGCAGUAGACAUAGGAAUGAGUUGCACUGCUAUUAAUCCUAUAAGUAGACCAGCAAUGAGUCAAGUUGUAAGUGAACUUAAAGAAUGUCUAAACCUUGAGUUCAAUCACAGAGCUCCUCAUCAAAUGGACUCUACAACUUCCAUUUCCUCAACAUUCCAUUCUGAGCUUGGCCCUGUGGCUAGAUAG